AAAAUAUGCACGAAAAUAUUUAGGCGGGAAUUUGUUUAUAAAAUGGCGAACGUUCAAACCGUAACAAACUUUUCUCCAAAAGUAGUCAAUAAAGAAAACCUAACACCUCAUGCAGGAAUGAAGACUGAGAAUAAGUUAAAUUUUUCACCUUUUUCAAGUGGAAAAAAAAACAAAUCCUUUAAAAUAUUAAAUGAUGAAGAAAUCGCUCAAAAAAAGCUUUGCGAUAAAUCAAUACAACCAAAGAAGCCUCGAAAAAAUCUUGCUACACUACAACCUUCAAUAGAUGGUUCGUUAACUGGUCAAAAUACUCCCCAAAAAGACUCAUUUUUUAAUAAAAAAAAUCUUAAAAACGAUAACCUUGUUGAUAAAGCAAUCUUAUUAAUGAAAGCAACGGAAAGCACAAAUGAAAAAUAUUGGCAAAAAAUAGCUGAAGAAAGAAGAUUAGCUUUAGAAGAAACACUUUCAGAAAACGAAAAGCUUUACACUGAUAUAGAUAAUUUAAAGGAAGAAAAUGAACGUCUAAAAAAAGAACUAAGCGAAUGUAUUUACUUUAAAGUAUUGUAUGAGAAUAUCAAAACAGAUUGAACUAAAUUUAGUUCACUCUAUUUAGUUCUGAAAGAACUAAAUUAAUACUUUAUUUGAUAAAUAAACUUAAUGA